CGUUUAGCGCGUCGAAGGGGGCCCCUUCCACUCCCGAUGCUGGCCUCGAGGAACGCUGCGGACCAUGUGUGAAGCGAAGCAAAGGAAAGGAGAGUGGCGCUCCCUUUGUCUCUCUUUACCAACCACGACUUCUCCCACCCCUCCCGUUACGACUUUGACCUGAUGACGAAGCUCUCUUGUGCGCUGCUGGUUGGCGCAUUUUUCUCUCUUUCGUUCCUCGUCGGCCAUGUUCACUCCUUUUUCAUCUUGAGUCACCACGGCUCCCUCCUUAAUGCAAGGCUGGAUCCUAUCGUGUCACCUGGUAAGGUCUCUGGCCAUCUUCAUUCCUUCGUUGGCUCGUCUUCCAUCUCGUCGGAUGAAGACUACGACUCCGUUCGGGGGGACGACGCUUGCACUACUUCGGGCGUCGGUGCCGACCUGUCGAGCUACUGGACUCCAACACUAUUCCAAUACUCGCAGGCCGACGACAGUUUCACGGCUAUGAACUUAUCUUUUGUCAACACGUACUACCUUAAUAGAGGUGGAUCAGCCUCCGAUUCCAGCAACAGCACUUCCAGUAGCAGCAAUAGCACCUCUACUGGCAGCAAGAGUACCUCCGAUAGCAGCAAGAGUACCUCCGGCAGCAGCAAUAGUAACAACGAAAGUAGCAACAGCACUAAGAGGGACUCGUCCUCCACGGGCAAGAUUGUCGCCUUCCCAAAGGGCUUCAGAAUGCUUGCUGGUGACGCCAUGGCACGUCAACCGGCCAAUACAACGCAGCUGCGAAAUGCAAUUUCCUUUGUUUGCCUCAACUACGACGGUCAGUCGCCUCAGACGAGCACGAUCCCUACUGGUCCCUGCCCCGACGGUCUGCGUGCUCAAAUUACCUUCCCUUCUUGUUGGGAUGGCAAGAACCUCGACUCUGAAGACCACAAGAGCCACGUCGCCUACCCCGAAGGCGAUAACGCCGACAGUGGAGACUGCCCUUCUUCUCACCCGCACCGUUUCAUGACGCUCUUCUAUGAGUUCGUCUGGUCGACAGGGAAGACAGCCACCAACCCAGACGAGUCCAAAUGGGUUUUUGCCAACGGCGAUAUGCAGGGCGUGUCGUUCCACGGCGAUUUUCUCAACGGCUGGGACGUGGACGUGCUACAAGAAGCCAUCGACUCUUGUACCGGCUCACUUUUCAACAAUCUCGAGCAGUGUGCCCCCUUGGCUAAGUCUUUGGACCGUGAUGCGGCUUCUAAGUGCGCCAUUAAGCAGAGGAGUAGCAUUAAAGGCAUCAGCCCCGAGACGGUGUCAGGUCCCCUGAAAAGCCUGCCUGGAUGCAACACGAUCUUUAACGGCAAGCUCAAGGGCCAGGGUGGUUGCAGCGGAGGGGAUGAGGACACUGGGUCGUCAUCAUCUUCAUCGUCGUCAUCGACGUCUUCGUCUUCUUCUCCAGCAUCAACGUCGACGUCAAAGCACAGGAGCUCUGCAAAGGCAGCGGCAGUCCGCAAGUCGUCGACCUCAACUUCACCGUCACUGAAGACCAAAGGCCACGGCUUGCAGAAGAAAUGUCAACACUACAAAAAUCACCAGAAGAGGCGUCUGGACACGCUUGAGUCCUAACUCAGGACGUCAGCUUACUCGAAAUUUCUUUCGAGGGGGUUGCUGGUCCACCCCGAAGAAGUUCGCCGUCUUGUAAUUUGCUUCCCUAGAGGAAGCGAGACUUCCACCUUCGCAUUGCAUUGAUUGCAAUUUCCGGUCAUAUAAGCUUCCCUGGAGGAAGUUAGAUGCCUCUUUGAUCUGCAUUAGUUACAAUAGAUCAAUUUGCAUAUCCGUCA